AAUGUCAAAUUGAAAUUGGUCUAUCAAUCAGUGUCAAAUAUUUUAGUCCCAGAUAUUUCUAUUUGCCUCACUUAACUAUCGAUAAAGAAUCAUUAGAAUUUAAAAUGGGUGGUCAUGGACAUGAGCCUCCAUACAAAAUUCCCCAUUAUUCACAAUUUCAAGUUAAAGGAAUACCAGAGUUAGAAGAACUUGAGAAAGCGUUAGCUCAAAAGGGACUAAAAGAUCCAUGGAUCAGGAAUGAGGCAUGGAGAUAUCACCCUGGAUUUGGCACAAGGUGGAGCCAUGCUCGUGCAGUCUUUUUCAGGGGUUUCUCAGUUGGACUAGCAUUGACAGUAGUCACUGUGGGCAUUGAGAAGAUGUUAGGUGGUGGUGGACACAGUCAUGAGGGACAUGAUGAGCAUUGAAUUAAAACUUUGUAUUGAAUAGAAAUCUUAGUAAUAUAAACUUAUAUAUAUGAAGUACUGUUAAAACAUCUUUUUACUAUUUUUUAGUUUAUAACUAAACAAAUUCAUAUAGUUUUAAACCUAUUAACAUAUAUUAUCCCAAAAACAUUUUCAUGGAAAAGUUGGGCAGAGCCCAUUUUAUAGCUUGUAUUGGCAGUCAUAUACAGCCAAGCUUCUCUGUCUACCUCAUAUGAACAUAUAGGUCCUAAAACUCAAUAAAAACACAAACUAACAAAACUACAUUUUAAUGUAUGUGCUAUAUUGUGUUUGUAACAGUACUUAGAUGGCAUGCUACUUUAUUUAUUUUUCAGUUUUUGUUGCAGCAUUCCCAUCAUCUAUGGUUCAGGUAAAUUUGCUAAAAAGUUGCCAUUUUUGAUUAUACCUAUAUAUAAUCUAAAGGUUGCUAUAAGAAUAAAUAUGUAAUAUGUGAGUAAAUGUAAAAAUCUAAUUUGUUGUUAUUAUAAACUCAAAGAUUGUUAUAUCUGUCCUGGUACCACAUUCUAAAUAAAAUCGUUCCUUUAUUAUUAUCAUUAUGAAUUUCAUUAAUCAACAGAUUACAAAUACUCAUGUACUUAUUUGAAUCAACUAUAAACAUUCUGUCUAUGUACAAUUUAUCUUUAAUUUGUGAAUCCAUAUAGUAAUUUUGCAUAUUUUGUUAAGAAAGUAUAAUGUGUAGGUACAUAAUAUAAAAUUACGAUGACAGGUUCACAAGC